AGAAGGCGCAACUCCACCCGCGUCCUCGCCUUGCGCAUUAGCGAGCGGACCAGCAGCAACCCGAGGCAAUAUGUCGCACCGCAAGAAAGUGCUGCUCAAGCUGAUCAUCCUGGGCGACAGCGGCGUGGGCAAGACGUCGCUCAUGAACCAGUACGUGAACCAGAAGUUCAGCAACCAGUACAAGGCCACGAUCGGCGCCGACUUCCUCACGAAGGAGAUCAUGUUGGACGACAAGCUGGUGACGAUGCAGAUCUGGGACACGGCCGGCCAGGAGCGCUUCCAGAGCCUGGGCGUGGCUUUCUACCGCGGCGCCGACGCCUGCGUGCUGGUCUACGACAUCACGAACCCCAAGUCUUUUGAGAAGUUGGACACGUGGCGGGACGAGUUCCUGGCGCAGGCGGGACCGAGAGACCCGGACGCCUUCCCGUUCAUUGUGCUGGGCAACAAGGUGGACAAGGAGUCGGAGCGGAGGGUUCGGAAGGAGAAGUCGCAGGAGUGGUGCCGCUCCAAGAACGUCCAGCAGCCUAUUCAGCACUUUGAGACGAGUGCGAAGGAGGCGACCAGUGUGGAGGAGGCCUUCCAGACGAUUGCCAGCUCGGCACUGCAGAAGGGUCAAGAAGAUGACAUCUACGUUCCGGAGACGAUUGAUCUUAGUGGCACGUCGUCGAAGCGCGAAAGCUCUUCAUGCUGUUAAGUGCUACCGUCGUGGACUGUGGGAACUGGUUUGACGGAAACGUGAGUGACAACAAGAUAACCAAUGCGAGAAGGUUGUGGAGCAAGAAGUAGCGGGAAGGGGCUAGCCUUGCUAGACGAGCGCAGCUCCAGUCUCACUUGUGCUGCGCGAGAAAUGCAUUUGUCCGUUUUCUUUU